CAAAAACAUAACCUCAGAAUUAAAUCUUAAAUCUGCCAAAAUUCAGUUGUAAUUUAAUACCUUUCCAUAACAAAAAUACAGUCAUAAAACAAUUUCAAAUUUCAAGACAUAAAUUAUGGCUGCAACUAAGAUAUUGCGAAACUACUUCUUAAAGUUAAACAGAACAACUUGUAGAAAUUUUAGCGGAAUUAAUAGUAAGACACUACAAAAACAAUAUCCAUCUUUUCUAUAUUUUUUAGGUGGAUCUGCAAGUUUACUUAUUGCCUAUAAAUUUAAAUAUUUCCCGAGAGUGUAUGCUGCUCAAUCAAAAAACGACGACGAUGUAAAAGUAGUGAAAUUAACUUCAAGAGAAAAACGAUUUAUAAGAUUUGCUUCUGUUGAAUACAAUGGUCAGCUGUACAUGACACCUCAAGAUUUUCUUGAAUCUGUAGUUGAAGCAGAACCAAGACCAAGAUUGAAGAGAAAAGUACUUAACCAGAAGGAACUGGAGAAAAUCAGAGAUGGUACACCCUCACUGAAUCAAGGCUCACCAAGAUUAUUUAGGAGUUUAAGGGAUAAAGGUAUCAUCUCAUAUACAGAGUAUCUUUUUCUUCUCUCAAUAUUAACAAAACCCGAAUCUGGCUUUAAAAUAGCCUUUAAUAUGUUUGAUACUGAUGGAAACCAAAGAGUGGACAAAAAUGAAUUUUUAGUGGUAAGAAAACUAUUGGCAGGAAAAAAGUGUGAAGAUAACGAUACCAUGGAAAAAAUAUUUAGUCAUGCUUGGAAAGGAAAAAGAGGUAUGAACAGCGAGUCAGAAGAUCUAUCAACCAUCCAAGAACAGUAUGUCGACGACGAACAAGGCCUCCAAAGAAAACAUAUCGUCGAUACUACUCUUCUAAUACACUUCUUUGGUCCCAAAGGUAACACCGAUCUGAACUUCGAGAGUUUUAAGAGGUUCAUGCUGCACCUACAAACGGAAGUACUUGAAUUAGAGUUUAACGAAUUUUCCAAAGGUCUUCCGACGAUUUCUGAAGUCGACUUCGCUAAGAUAUUGCUGAGGUACACUUAUUUAGACACUGACGAGUAUGAUAUGUAUCUAGAUCGACUACUGGAUAGAAUUAAAGAUACCAAAGGUAUCACUUUUGAAGAAUUUCAUGUAUUUUGUCAGUUUUUAAAUAAUUUAGAGGAUUUUACCAUUGCCAUGAGGAUGUAUACUCUUGCUGAUCACCCCAUAUCCAAAGACGAAUUUCAUAGAGCUGUGAAAAUAUGUACAGGAACUAAUUUAAGUCAACAUUUAGUCCAUACAGUAUUUGCAAUUUUUGAUGAUGAUGGUGAUGGGCUUUUGAGCUACAGGGAAUUCAUUGCUAUCAUGAAGGAUAGGCUACACAGAGGAUUUAAGUCCUACGCCAAGAAUGAAGGAUGGGAAGCGUUUAAAACAUGUAUUAAACAGGAAAUGAAAGCACCAGUAUAAACACCUAAUUUAUAAUAAAUACACCGCUAACACAAUUGCAGUGUAUGCCAUAAUAUGAGUACCUUAAGUAAUUUUAAUAUUUGCUAUAUCUUGUUGAUACAACUGUUUAAUGUGCUUAACUAAAAUUUUAUCUGUAUUUUUGCUUGAACAAUAUAUUAGCUGUUCGUUUCAAAUAAAAUCGCAAAUCUGCAAGUGUAAAUCACAAAUAACAAAGAAAAAAUUUAGUUUGUUUUAGGGAAAAUGUGCAUUAUAUAUAUUAUCAAAUUUACUCAGUUUCUGACUUAGACUUUGUCAAAUUUGAUGGCAUCGAGCUUUUGACUACCUCAACAACGCUACCAAGUAAUGUUUGCAGAUCUUCUUGAGUAGAAGCUAAGAGUACUGUGUCGUCCGCAUAUCGCAAAUUAUUGAUGACUUCACCGUUCACAAUUAUCCCUUCUUGUUUUUCAGAAAGUGCAUUUCUAAAAAAUUAUUUCGGAGUAGACGUUGAAAAGCAGAGCCGACAAAAGAUAUCACUGCCAUACUCCUCUUUUAAUAUUAAUACUGAUAAUAAUUUAUUAUUAUUCCAAUACAAAUUUGCAAUUAUGCGAACGGGUCUGCCGUUCAAGCCAAUGUCUUUUAGAACUUCGAUUAAUAUUGAAUGCUUAACACUAUCAAAUGCCUUUUGGAAGUCAAUAAAACAACAGUAGAUGUCUACAGAUAAUAUAUCAUAUCAUAUUUCUUCUUGCUUGUCUUAAAAUGUUCUACUACUGUUCUAACAUUUGCUAUUUAAUUUGAAUCGAACGACAGCACAACUUACUAAGAUAAAAAAUACAGAUUAUAUUAUUAACGUACUAACCAAUCUCAAAAUGUGAAUCUACUAUAACGAAAAUUUUUCGAGCAUAGCUCUCUAGUAGGAAUAACCUACAAUUUAUGUUGUCAUUUUUAUUAAGUGGUAAUUUAUUUAUUAACAAAAUUAAUUAAAUUAAAUUUAAAUUAUGAAUAUAUUAGAUUUUGUUCCAAUAAAUUAACCCACCAAUAGUUAAAAAGUAUUUUAUAAAAAUUAGAAGCAGGACAAUCAAAAUAAUAAAAAAUUUAGAAUUU